GUCACAGACGAUCUUUGUGUCCUGUCCAAUAUCCUCGCGAGAUCUCGGACCUCUCGCGAGAGCGACCAGCUGUUGAGGCUAGCUGUGACGCUGCUGCUCCGAAACAUCGUCUGUAAAUAUAGAAACCAGCGAUGUUCCGCUAAAUUUAACGUCUGCACCAUUUUACCAAGCCGCUGGUGUUUGUUCCUGCGGGACGGACCGAACCAUGGAGGCCGGAGAAGGCGUCAGCAGCGCCACGCCCACAGAGGAGAUGAACGGAGCAGGAAACCUGAUGGACUUCCUGGACGAGCCGUUCCCUGACGUGGGCACGUACGAGGACUUCCACACCAUCGACUGGCUCCGAGAGAAGUCCAGAGACACCGACCGACACCGCAAGAUCACCAGUAAGAGUAAAGAGUCCAUCUGGGAGCUGAUCAAGAGUCUGCUGGACGCCUGGUCGGGAUGGGUGGUGAUGCUGCUCAUCGGACUGCUCUCAGGUACGCUGGCCGGAGUCAUCGACCUGGCGGUGGACUGGAUGACGGACCUGAAGGAGGGCGUCUGUCUGUCGGCCUUCUGGUACAGCCACGAGCAGUGCUGCUGGACGUCCAACGAGACGACGUUCGACGACCGCGACAAGUGUCCGCAGUGGCAGAAGUGGGCGGAGCUGAUGACCGGCCACGCUGAGGGCGCAGGAGCGUACUUGUUGAACUACUUCCUUUACGUCCUGUGGGCACUUCUGUUUUCCUUCCUGGCCGUGUCACUGGUGCGAGUCUUCGCUCCGUACGCCUGUGGUUCAGGAAUCCCAGAGAUCAAGACGAUCCUCAGCGGCUUCAUCAUCCGUGGCUACUUGGGGAAGUGGACCCUGCUCAUUAAGACGGUGACCCUGGUGCUGGCGGUGUCGUCCGGCCUCAGCCUCGGGAAGGAGGGUCCUCUGGUCCAUGUGGCGUGCUGCUGCGGGAACCUCUUCUGCAGCCUCUUCUCCAAGUACAGCAAGAACGAGGGCAAGCGGCGAGAGGUGUUAUCAGCCGCCGCCGCAGCCGGAGUAUCGGUGGCCUUUGGCGCCCCCAUCGGAGGAGUUCUGUUCAGUCUGGAGGAGGUCAGUUAUUAUUUCCCUCUGAAGACUCUGUGGCGUUCGUUCUUCGCCGCGCUGGUCGCCGCCUUCACGCUGCGCUCCAUCAACCCGUUUGGCAACAGCCGGCUGGUGCUGUUCUACGUGGAGUACCACACGCCGUGGUACAUGGCGGAGCUCGUCCCCUUCAUCCUGCUGGGCGUGUUCGGGGGCCUCUGGGGGACCCUCUUCAUUCGCGCCAACAUCGCCUGGUGCCGGCGGAGGAAGACCACUCAGCUGGGGAAGUACCCGGUCCUGGAGGUCAUCGCUGUGACGGGGAUCACCGCCGUGCUGGCGUUCCCCAACCCGUACACCCGCCGCAGCACCAGCGAGCUCAUCUCUGAGCUGUUCAACGACUGCGGCGCUCUGGAGUCCUCACAGCUCUGCGAUUAUAUCAACAACCCCAACAUGAGUCGACCAGUGGACGACAUCCCGGACCGACCGGCGGGACCCGGGGUCUACAACGCCCUGUGGCAGCUCGCCCUCGCUCUGGUCUUCAAGAUUGUCAUCACCAUUUUCACCUUCGGCAUGAAGAUCCCCUCAGGUCUCUUCAUCCCCAGCAUGGCGGUCGGAGCGAUCGCCGGGCGAAUCGUCGGGAUCGCAGUGGAGCAGAUGGCGUACCACCACCAUGACUGGAUCAUCUUCAAGAACUGGUGCCGCCCCGGUGCGGACUGCGUCACACCCGGACUCUACGCCAUGGUGGGAGCCGCCGCCUGUCUGGGCGGAGUGACCAGGAUGACCGUCUCCCUGGUGGUCAUCAUGUUCGAGCUCACCGGGGGGUUGGAGUACAUCGUCCCCCUUAUGGCGGCCGCUGUCACCAGCAAGUGGGUGGCCGACGCCUUUGGGAAGGAGGGAAUAUACGAGUCGCACAUCCAGCUCAACGGCUACCCCUACCUGGACGUCAGGGACGAGUUCACCCACCGCACGCUGGCCACCGACGUGAUGCGGCCGCGCAGGAACGACCCUCCUCUGGCCGUCCUCACGCAGGACAGCACCACGGUGGAGGACGUGGAGACGCUGAUCAAAGACACGGAUUAUAACGGCUUCCCCGUGGUCGUGUCCCGAGAGUCGGAGAGGCUUAUCGGCUUUGUUCAGCGCCGCGAUCUCACGCUCGCCAUCAAAACCGCCCGUCAGAAGCAGGAUGGCGUGGUGAGCAGCUCGGUCGUCUACUUCACCGAGGAUGCGCCGCAGCUGCCGGCCAGCAACCCGCAGCCGCUGAAGCUGCGACGCAUCCUCAACCUCAGCCCGUUCACCGUCACCGACCACACGCCCAUGGAGACGGUGGUGGACAUCUUCCGCAAGCUGGGGCUGCGCCAGUGUCUGGUCACCAGGAGCGGGCGCCUCCUCGGCAUCAUCACCAAGAAGGACGUCCUGCGACACAUGGCUCAAAUGAUGAACCAGGACCCGGAGUCCAUCAUGUUCAAUUAGCGGCGGAGACGAGCGUCACAGCAGCGACGGUGUAAAUAUGUGAAAACUGGUGCGACACUACUGAAAAGCCCCUCCCACCUCCUGACAAGGCAAGUCCCGCAAACAGCCCCGCUCCGCUCGGCGUGUUUUUCCCCGCUCCUCGCCGCCGCCGUGACGGAACGCUUCUAUUUAAAAACCUCCACAUUUCAAACCAGAGCGAAGACGAAGACGAACUGAUUCUCUCUGCUGCCACUGAGGAGAAAAAAAAAAGAAAAGCGCCCGCUGUCACGUUGCCACGCGUUGUGUCAGUUUCUUCUUCUAUGGUUUGUUUAGCGCUGCUAGUUUAAAUAACACAUUUAAAAAGUGACCAUGAGGGCGGAGCCACAGACGAGAGCAAACACAUUUCUAAUAAUCUUAAAUCGACGCCAACGACCUGAAGCCCUGAGGCAGCGCUCAGCGACGUCCAGCUCCCGCCCACAGUUUGUUUUCAUCACCGAUGCUGAUGAACGCGUUAAUCUGGGACCACGUCGUGUCGCCGCAGGUUUUAUUUGACUGUUGCACUUUGUGUUGUUUUACAUGUUGCUGCCAUAUUUAUAUAAUUAACGCUCGUAUCAGUGUGAAACACGACUCGUCUCCUGCUCUCGUCAGGUUUCACCGUCUCUGAUCUCAUCGUGUCAAAAGGUACAAAACAGCCUUAAAAUGUGAUUUAGUCUGAUUCUCUGCAGAAACACACACGUUUGUCAUCGAGGCCUCUACACACACACACACACA